GUCAUUUGCCACCAAAACACCGAUCGGGGACAUGUUUCUGCUCGCGCUCGCCACUCUACAGUUCUGACUCGUUGGUGAUACCCAGUCUUCAUUCUCCCACCGCGUAGCAACCCACAGAAUCCUCAUGGCCGCAACUGGCGCCUUCUUUUCCUCACCUCCUCUCCAUCUCCGUCGUCCUAAGGUUUUUGAUAUCCACUUGAUUCCUCAAAUCUCUCCCGACGAACCCCCCUUCAAGUUAUUCUCCACUCGCAGCGGGUUCUUUCACUCUGGCUUCGCUCUCGCGAAAAAAAAGAGCAUUUUGCAUGCUUCAACUGAUGACUUGAAUUCUGUGCGUUCAACCUCAUUGAAAUCUGAUCAGGAUACUGAUUAUGUUCCAACACCAGUAGUCCUGAUAACUCAAGAUUCAGAUUCUGAGGCAACAAUUGUAGAACUUAGCUUUGGAGAUCGUCUGGGUGCUCUAAUUGAUACGAUGAAAGCAUUAAAGGAUUUAGGUUUGGAUGUGACGAAGGGGACUGUUACAACCGAGGCGUCAGUCACGCGAACAAAAUUUUACAUCACACGUCUGGAUUCUGGACGCAAAGUUGAAGAUCCUGACAUGUUAGAGAGAAUUCGACUUACGAUCAUUAACAACCUUUUGAAGUAUCAUCCAGAAUCCAGUGAACGACUUGCUAUGGGUGAGGCUUUUGGAAUUAAAGCUCCAGAACAGAAGCUAGAUGUUGAUAUUGCAACCCACAUACAUGUCAAGGAUGAUGGACCUAAGAGGAGCUUGCUUUAUGUAGAGACUGCUGAUCGACCUGGGUUGCUACUAGAAAUAAUCAAAAUCAUGGCUGAUAUCAAUAUUAAUGUAGAAUCAGCAGAGAUUGAUACAGAAGGAUUGAUAGCCAAAGACAAGAUUCAUGUCAGCUAUAGAGGAGCAGCAUUAAACAGUUCGUUGUCUCAGGUAUUGACCAACUGUCUGCGCUACUACCUUCGAAGACCAGAAACAGAUGAAGAUAGUUACUAAUACAUAAGAGGAAUUGCUUCACUCCUGUGCACAAUUGUAUGAUUUUUUGUGACCCAAUCUUUUCACGGGUUCAAUUCAAGCGCCCUGUUGCAGCUGCAAUUGAGAAGAUACCAUGUUAAUGUUACUUGCAGCACCCUGACCAUUCUGGCAUGAAUAUGCGUCUUCUUCUGAAAACAAGAUAAUAGGGACACAAAAAUACAUUAGACAACUAUUAAUGUGUGCUAAUUUUUGCUUCAUCAAUUUUCUGAUUUAAAAGUUUUAGUGCCUGUAGACAAUAUUCUUACUUGACAUAGAAGGAUGAGAAACUCUUGGUCACCAAGUUCGUAAAAA